AGAGAAAGGGCACAUGACCAUCCUGUGAUACCGAAGCUCCACUGAUGUAUAAAGCUGCCACCCAUCUUAGUUUGUUUACCAUUAGACAGAUUGGACAUCAUGCAUCUGACCCGCUGGCUUAUACUUGGCACUGUAAUUUUGGGAAUUGUGGUACUCUGUGAUGCAGGACCUUUUCAUGCUCAAUGCAGAGUGCAAUGGUACUUUGGCAUACCUUGUAGAUGGGUAUAUGAAGCUUUGGUCUCUCAGAUUAAGAAGUGGAGGACGAUAUCAGGCUGUACCAUGGGAGGACAGAAGUGUCUGUAUAAGCUCCAGUCAGCUUCUUCCCACUUCAUCGCAGCCAAACACACAACACCAAUGAAAAGCCAUGUCGAUGACAUCACCUUCCACUUAGUUUCAUUUGGAUUCUUUACGCAUUGCAGUGUUUCUGGACUGUCAGUGUCAGAGGCAUGGUAUGCCAUCAAAGACCAUGGAGUGAAUUACUGUAACCUCUACAACUUAAUGGAUGGAAGUGGACUGACGCAGGCUCGCGGAUACCAAGAGCUCACCAGUGACUUCAUGUGUACCCAGCGCUCCUCUGCCAACUGCACACUGUACUGAGGGAGAACACGGACAGUAAUCAGCCAAUGAGACUGCAUGACUGUAGUGGGAGACCAGUGUAAUUGCUUUCUUCCCUCGAGUGAUGGCUUGCAUUUCAUUGUGACUGCACAGUUUUUUUUACUGUUUCAUUUAUAUGGUUUGUAGCUUUAUUUUUACCUCUAGAAUUUUGCUGCUUUAUGUUGAGGGAUGAAAUGGUUAGUAGCCCACUUAGUGUGUAUGAACAAAGUCCCUCUGCAAGGACAUGCACUGAUUUCUAUGCUUGUAUUUCUCAUGAUACCUUUUUAUUGACUAAGGGCAGAUAAAGAGUUAAAAGUUCACAGAAAAAGAAUGAAAAUAAAUCCAGCUUACUAUUUUUGA